CCCGUAUUUUAUUUACUUCAUUCAUCAAAACCCUAAGCCCUAAAUUGAACUCCUUCGCGCCACCAUACAAAACUUGAGCAGAGUACAAUUCCUACUCCGGCGUGAUAUUCGGGUUCGGAGGACAUUGUAUCAUCACACUGAAAACGAAAAAAAGAAAACAUUUAAUUGUCACGAUACAUUAUCUGAGGAAGGAAGGAUAAGCGAUAAUGAUAGCGGCCGUGUCUUGGGUUCCCAAAGGGGCGUCAAAGUCGGUGCCUGAAGCAGCCGAUCCUCCGUCGAAAGAAGAAAUUGAGAAAAUUUUGAAGAGUCGACCCUUGGAAAUACGUGAAGGGAGUCAUAGUGAAGAAAAUGAUGAAACUAUGAAUGUUGAUGAUGAUAACGAUGAGGAUGAUGAAGUAGCUCGUGCAUUAUCCACUGCUGAUGCACUUGGCAAAUCUUCCAAGAGUUCGAAGCUAGAAACUGAUGGCUUAUCUGAUGCACUGAAAGAUCUGGACAUGGAUAACUAUGAUGAAGAUGAUGAUGGUGUUGAUCUUUUCGGAUCCAGUAACUUAUAUUAUCCAAGUAAUGAGAUGGACCCUUAUUUGAAGAAACAAUCUAGUGAAUCUGAAGAGGAGGAGGAUAUCAUCAUAAAGCCAGAUGAUGCUGUCAUAGUUUGUGCCAGGAAUGAAGACGAUGUUAGCCAGAAUCAGGUUUGGAUUUUGGAAAGCGAUGCAAAUGGUGAUUUGAACAUGUAUGUACACCAUGAUAUUGUUCUCCCAGCAUUCCCUCUAUGCACAGCAUGGCUGGAUUGUCCUAUUAAAGGUGGAGAAAAAGGCAACUUUAUUGCUGUCGGCUCUAUGGAACCAACUAUUGAGAUAUGGGAUCUUGAUAUUAUGGAUGAAGUCCAGCCAACUGCUACAUUGGGUGGGAUGAUUAAAAAGAAGAAAAAGGGAAAGAAGAAAUCUGUUUCAUACAAAGAUGGCAGUCACACAGAUUCAGUUCUUGGACUUGCUUGGAACAAAGAAUUCAGGAACGUACUUGCUAGUGCAAGUGCAGAUAAGUUGGUUAAAAUUUGGGAUGUGAAAGCUGAAACAUGUACAUCAACCUUCGAGCAUCAUACAGACAAGGUUCAAGCAGUUGCAUGGAAUCAUUUUGCUCCUCAUGUUCUUCUCAGUGGAUCUUUUGAUCAUUCUGUAGUUAUGAGAGAUGUGAGGUCGCCUUCGCAUAGUGGAUUUAAAUGGUCAGUUGCAGCUGAUGUUGAAAGCUUGGCAUGGGAUCCUCACACAGAACAUUCAUUUGUGGUCAGCCUUGAGAAUGGCAUGGUUACUGGUUUUGAUAUCCGUACAGCUAGUUCUGAUGCAUCUCAUCAGCCUAAGCCAAGUUUCACUCUCCAUGCACACGAUAAAGCAGUAUGCGCAAUUGCAUAUAAUAGUAAAAUCCCAAAUCUUCUAGCAACUGGUGCAAUGGAUAAGAUGGUGAAACUCUGGGAUCUUACAAAUGAGCCAUCGUGCAUUGCUUCUCAAAACCGUAAAGCUGGAGCUGUAUUUUCCAUUUCUUUCUCAGAAGAGAGCCCUCUCACAUUAGCAAUUGGAGGUUCCAAGGGACAACUCCAGGUGUGGGAUUUACUGACGGAUGCUGAGAUCGGCAGGAGAUAUGGGAAGUAUGCCAACCAGGCCAAACCUCCAGCUUCUUCUUGACCCACCCACCCCACCCGAGUGAGAUAAAAAAAGAAAUGGGGGGAGGGGGGGUUGGGGAUCUGUAAUUUAAGGUCUCCCCUUGGGACAGGCAACAGCAUAACAUGUCUGUCCGACUCCAAGCCCUACACCACUUCAAACCUUGAAAUGGCACCUAUAGUACCCUCUACUGGAUAAAGCUUCAUCACCACCUUCCUUCCUUCCAUCUCCCCAAGUUUUGUCUCGGAAACAUGCAUACACACAUACAUAUGCAGUAAUACUACUACUAUCGUAUUAUUAGUUAGGUUUGUGUUUUUUGUCUUGUUGAACCCACCCUGGAAAUCUUUUUAUACUUAAUGGUGUUGCUGUUGGUGGGUGCUUUUUAUGUUUUGAAGCAGCGUGAUAAAUACAUAAGUUUUGGUCUUUUGUAACUAUGAUUAUUCUCUUUAUAAUUUGUUGUUGGUAUCA